UUUCUGCUUUUUUUCCCACUAAUCACCUUUUCACGUUUGUCCCACUUCUCCUAUUUCCAAUUAUACUUUACAUUACAUAACCCUUUCCCUUCACCAUUUGCCAAUUCCUCAAAAAACCUCUCAUAUCAAACCUCAUUCAAAGAACAAAAACAUUAAGUGAGAAACAAAAUGGCCAGAGCAGAGAAUGGAUACACUCUUGAUUCAGUGAGGCAGGCUUUGAUUAGACAAGAAGAUACAAUUGUUUUUGGUCUCAUUGAAAGAUCCAAGUUCCCUCUCAAUUUUCUUACCUAUGAUAACAAUUACCUUCAAAGCCCUGGUUUUUGUGGCUCAUUGAUUGAGUUUGUUGUCCAGCAUACCGAAACUGCUCAAGCUAAGGCUGGAAGAUACGAAAACCCGGAAGAGAAUCCCUUCUUUCCGGAAAAUUUAUGGCCAUCACUUGUGCCAUCUUACCCUUUCACAAAGUUUUUGCAUUCUGGAGCCGCUUCGAUUAACAUAAACAAGUCGUUAUGGAAAAUGUACUUUGAUGACUUGCUUCCGAUGUUUGUUGCUUCGGGCGAUGAUGGCAACUACGCACAAACUGCAGCUAGUGAUCUCUCAUUGUUGCAGGCCAUUUCUAAAAGGGUUCAUUAUGGAAAGUUUGUAGCUGAAGUGAAAUUUCGGGAAACUCCUCAAGACUACGAGCCUUUAAUUCGUGCUAAGGAUAGAGAAGGGUUGAUGAAAUUGUUGACUUUUAAGAGCGUUGAAGAGAUGGUGAAGAAGAGGGUUGAAAAAAAGGCAACAUUGUUUGGUCAAGAAAUGAGCCUUGACAGCAAAGAGAAACAAAAGUUUGAUCCAUCAGUGGCUUCUAGAUUGUAUGAGAAAUGGGUAAUACCUCUUACUAAGGAGGUUCAGGUGGAUUAUCUAUUGCGCCGGUUGGAUUGAAUCUGUUGUUAUUUCGAUGUUAGUUGAAGAAAAGAAUAUAUGAUAUCAUUCUUCAAAAGCAUAUGUUUUGUUUAUGUGAUCCUUCAUUGGCAAUUUAAUGUGACAUAUGAUUCAGAAAAUGAGUUUUAUGCAGCAAACUUUUGUUGUAUUUGGUUCUGUAAUCAGCAUCAUAAAACGCAUGUUAAAGGCAUUCUACAUUUGUGUUAAUCAUACACCCUAGAACCCUGUGGAUGUGAAUAAA